GUCAGUAAGUAACUCACAGUCAGUCACGCGGCCGACAUCGCGCUGUGCAGAACUCUGCACUGGUAAUUGUAUUCACCGAUUGGCGGGAUGUGAAGGAGGAACUGUGAAAGGAGAAUAAGAGAAAAAAAAAUAAUAAUAAAAAAAAAAAAAAAAAGAAAAAUAAAUAUUUACAACAAAGGUAUCGUUUGGAAGAUAUUUUCACUGUUUUACCGAUUUCGAGGUGAAAAAUUUCAACUAAGUCGAAUCGAAUUUACUUAGGAUCUGUGGUCGAUAAUUUUUAAACAAUUAAAUCAAUCACCAAUCUUUCGAUAAUAUCAAACUUCGACAAAAGUUAGAAACGAAAUAAUGCAACUCGUGCGUUGAUAUUGCUAACCGCGCGAUCGAUAUCCUACAAUUCGAUCAGUAACGUUAACGAUCCAGUCUUCUCCAGUAACGGGGUAUUGGAUAUUAUUUAAUGAUUUUAUAACGGCGUGUAAUAAUCGCAAGAAUAGACUGAUGAUAAAAAAAUAACGACUUUUGCCAAAUAUAUUUAUUCAAGCUCGGCACUCGUAGCGAGUAUAAGAAUAGUGUGUAAAAGUGCAUUCGAUUGAUAACUGUGGAUUAAUAAUGAAAUUAAAAGGAUCGAGCCAGAUAUUUUUGCCAUGAGGUAGUCGGAGGAAAAAUCAACGCAAGUGUUGGAAAACCGUGAGGAAAAGGGAUAGAAGCUUUUUCCUAACGAUUCAGUAUUCCCCUGAACUUUUCUAGUAUUUUUGUUCAAGUUUUUGUUACUUUACUCUGAUUGCUGUUGUUGUUGUUUUCACAUCGUGAUAAUAAUAAAAAGCCGCAAAAUGAUGCUGCUCAGGAGUUUCUUCAGACGAAUAAUCACCGACUUCCGGCACAAGGAGUUACUUCCGUUGAAGCUGUUGUUUUUCGUUCAGGCAGCGACAUUGUACGUGCUUUAUCCUUACCUGACAAUCCACAUGCGAGAGCUGGGCAUAAGCGUCGAAGAAACAGCAAUAAUGAGCGCAGUUACACCUGUGGUGGCAAUAGUAAUGCCACCUUUAGCCGGCAUGAUAGCGGACAGAAUCGGAAACUUCAAGAUAUUGCUGUCGCUGUUUUCAUCCCUUGGAGGAGGAGCAGCCCUUCUACUGCUUCUCGUACCCGUAGGAAGAGUGACUGUCCGAUUUCCCGAGAGGAUUGUAAUGGACCUUGGCUGUCCGGGAUCGAACGGUGAUCUCGUAUACACAAUGAGCCAGGUACACCCCUGCGAUACAAAACUCGCCCCGGAAAUCGCUACGCGAAUAGAAAGCUGCGGGUACAUUUGCCACGUCGAUUUGCACAACGACACCGAGGUACAGGCAGUCCUGACAUCCAGGGGAUACACCGUCAGGCAUUACGAUCUUACAACGGGUUUAAACAUUUCGUAUAAAUACACGAUUUCGAAAUCCGAAUUACCACAGACGGUAAUUAAAACUACGGUAGACGACGUGAGGGAGCAUCGUUUACUUUCUAACAAUGAUUUCUACAAGACCUCGAUAAGGCAGCUCUCAAAAAGUACUUACUUCUUUCCAACGAGCGAACUCUACGAAUUCACCUGCAGAGAAUCAAACCCCACGAUAAACGAGACUCGGUGUUCCUUUGGACGAUUCGGAAACAAGGGAAACAAAAGCAGAGAUGUGAAUUAUCACAACUACAAAUCGACGCUGAGGCUUUUGAACGCCACUGACAUAGACACGCUGGAAGCGAAACGGAGAUACUUGGGUGAGGCGAUAUCUUGGACGGGGAAACCCGGUUUCCAAAGACCAAAUUGCACCAAUCCUGACCGGAAGGAUCAGCGAGUCGUCCUUACGGUACCGUUGGUGAAUUACACCGCCGGCAAUGAGGUCUACAAGUCGUUGGUCGUCGACGGAUGCAGCAAAAGGUGCGUCGUUACAGCGCCAAGGAAGGAUGUCUGUUCUAACAUGAACACGCAGAUCGAGUACGACGUCAGUUUGACAUUUUGGCUGUACCUUGCGAUCAGGGUUUUCAUCGGUAUGAUAGGUGGAACGGCAUUUGCGAUGUUCGAAGGAGCGGUUAUAGCGAUUUUGAGGGAUCAGAAAGCUGAUUACGGACUGCAAAGGAUAUAUGGAACGAUAGGUGGAAUGAUAUCGUCUCUCCUCUCAGGGCUUUUGAUAGACUACGCUAGCAGCGGAAAAGAAUAUACGGAUUUCAGACCGGCCUUCUACCUCUACGCGGGAUUAAAAAUCAUUUCCGGUUUGCUCAUGCUGACGAUAAAUUUGGAAUUCAAAUCUCCCGCCAAUAACGUCGUCAGCGACGUGAUGAGCGUUCUUAAAAACAUCGAAAUCGUCGCGCUCUUCAUAGCUUGCUUUGUUCUGGGAACUGCAUGGGGCUACAUCGAGUCCUUUUUAUUCUGGCUCCUCCAGGACUUGGGGGGCUCGAGAUCGCUCAUGGGGAUAACGAUAACGGUCGGUGGCCUCGCGGGAAUUCCACUGCUCGUCAUGUCCGGUCCGAUAAUUGAAAAAAUCGGUCACGCGAAUGUACUUUUCAUCGGUUUCAUUUUCUACGCGGUACGGCUCUUAGGAUACUCGCUGAUCUACAAUCCCUGGCUGUGCCUGAUAUUUGAAGCCCUUGAAUCAGUGACUUCAUCCCUGAGUUUUACAGCGGCCGUUACUUACGCGGCGAAACUUUCAACUACGACGACGGAUAGCUCAAUUCAAGGUCUCCUAGGCGGGCUUUAUUACGGUGUUGGCAAAGGAUCAGGGAGUCUGAUAGGCGGCUACCUGAUGAAGGCCUUCGGCACGCGGCCAACGUACCAAAUAUUUUCAGGGAUGUCGCUUGUGACCGGUAUAGUGUAUUUCCUGUUCAAUGCGCUUUACCUGAGAAAGCGACCGCAGGUGGAGGGCAACGAUAUAGUGAAAAAGAAGCCGAAGAAGGUUGAAAAUGCAGAGGGCGAGUCGCAGACGGGAGCUGAAACCGAACCGAAGGAAAAAUCGGGGGUGAUAUUCGCAAAGGAUAAAAUAUCCUACGGUUCGGAGAACAAGGCGUUUUCGGUUGCUGACGACGUGGAUGUCGAGGAAAGAGCCGCGGAAAAAACUAAACAAGAUAUGUACGAGGCUAAGGAAAUCGAAGCGAUUAAAAACGCGAGGAAUCUCGACAGGAUAGAGAAAAUUGACGAGGCUGAGAGGAACGGGGGAAAUGAGAUCAAGGACUCGAAGGACGAGUCCGUGACCGAUGACGUAGAAAGCGGAGACGGAAGUACCUUGAAGGUCGCCGGCGCACUAAACGGAAGUACCAAUCUCGCGUACGACAAGGAGGACGAAGACGUUGAUGCGGGAAAGUGCAACGUCACGAUCGAGAAGCAGCCCGAUGAUAGAAAAUAAAUUAAUUUACGGGGAUAAUUCACGAUCGUAUUGUUAAAGGUGAAUAUAUGUUUUUCGAAGAAAGUAGAAAAUUAAGUAUCGUCGAAUGUAGAGAGAAAAAAAAAAAAUACGUCAAUCGACGUUAGUUGAAUUCACAAACGGUGAUUUUUAAGACAUCAAGAAUUCGAAACCGCAGAUUGCAAGCCCGAAUCGAAAUAGUAUCGACCAAAAUUCGGACCUCCGUAACAAACUCGAGUACAAAAAAAAAAAUUCCUCGGUUAGAUCGUGAAGAUCAAUGCAGAUUUUUGUGACUCCUUGUUUUCAAUUUAUGCAACACAAUUUAUUCAGACCCGAUUAGUGUGGAUCGUUCAAUUCGCCGAAAAGAAAGAAACGAUUUCUGAGGAUUUUUAAAACGAGAUCCCGGUCGAUUUUGCGAAUAAAAAACGUAACAUAUAUUUGGCACCCAGGUCUGCUUAAAAAAAAAAAAAAAAGUUUAUACCGAUGAUAUAUUAAGCACAAAGCUUAAUCUUCGCGAUAGAACGAAGAGAAAAUUGGAUAAGAUAAAGAUCUAUAGACUGUGAUUUUCAAACAAGUUCAAGGCAAAUAUGUCGAAGGUAGCGCCAACUGGUGAUGGCGUUGAGAACCGGUGUAACUUUCACGUCAUUCAAAAACAGUUGUAGACAUACUCGCGAAUUUUUUUUAUAGAUGAACUUUAGCGAUAAGUAUUUCUUAAUUUUUUUUAUUACCCUUUAUUCUAUGCCGUUAUAAAAAAAGAAUUCGUCACACGUAGCGUGAAUAUCAGGCGAGACAUCAGGUAAAUAGUAAUAUAAAAAAAGUAUAAAAAUGACGGCGUAUAGACGUUAUAAAUUAUAGAUAAGCUCUGCACACAUUUGAAAUACGAUUAAACAAAUGAGUGUAAAGUGAUUUUUAUUUACCGUGUAGGUAGUAUAGAUAGGUAUAUAAUUAUAGUAAUUAGGUAUAUGCAUAUUAAUAGAGAUAUCAUUUAUAUCGACGUUUGAUACACACGUUACGUUUCAUUAUUUAUAUUUUUCUUGAUGAUAAUAACGAUGAAGAUGUUAUUCACAACUAUCAUAUUAGUUUGUAAAAGGGGCAAAGAAAAAAUGAUGACAAAACAAAACAAGCUUCUGGAAGAAUAGUCUAUACCCAGUUUUCGUACUAUUUUCAACUUUGGUACGCGGAAAAUAACGUGAUGUAGAUUUUACAUUCCCUGUGGUAAAUAUACAUAGAAAACACUUUUUUCGAGUCAAAUCUUACACCAAUUGUGGUAUAAGUACCUAAGCAUAACUAAUUGUAACUUUCGCUAUUGGUUUUGUAACUCUCAUAAUCAGAUUUUUAAAUCUUGCCGCAGUUGCUAUAGAUUCAAAUCCAAAAAAUUGCUGUCCGUAUAUUUAACACGGGAGAUGUAAAAGCUGAGAUAUUUUUCUUUCCGUGUAGUCGGUUUCUUUGAUUGAAAAAACCUCCAUUCAUGCUCCCGAUUGAUCUAAGAAAAAUGAUUAACAAUACCUAAAUACCUGAACGUGUGCAAAUAACUGCGCAAAGAUAGUGCAGAAAUUAAAAUGUAAUCAGAGAUUACUCGAUCAAAUCACUCGGGUCGCACACGCAUAAAUAAUAGUGAGAUUUCAUAGCAGGAAACAAUGCGAUGGGAGAGACCGGGGUCUGAUAUUUAAGACGUAAAACUAAGGCACGCAAGGUGCGGGUGAAUAUUGUAAUAAUAAAAGUAACGUUAAAAGUAAAUUUAAUUUAGCGUAAGAAACGAGUCGACCAGGCCUCCCCUGCAUUUAGAUAUUAGCGAUUAGCAUUUAGAUGAUAUAAGUUAGAAAGAAACGAGGCUACUUUUUUGUGUAUCCCAAAAUUCGUAGAUCAUGUACCGAAUACUGUACGUGUAUGUAGGUACUUUUAGUAUAAUCACUGUCGCAAUUAUUGCGAACAACUGUUAACCACAUGCUGAUAUGUUAAUUACUGUUGAUGAAUAAAAAAAUGUUGGAAAAUUU